AUGGAUUUUGAAACGUCGUUCGAGGAAUUCGUCGAGGACAAACGGUUCAUCGCCUUAGAGGUAUCUGAUAAUGAUGACGAUUAUGACACUGAUCUAACUGCAGAUACCACCGAUGAGCUCGAGAGUUCGGUCGCUUUAAAUAUCAAAAACUGCAAAGCACCUUUGAACGGUACUACCGGCCAUAAUACACCAAGGAAGACAAAUAGCAAUUCCAAAAAGCGAUGGUCUUUGUUAUCUAAUCAUUCUACUGUCUCGUCAUCCAAAUCAAAGAAGAGAUGGUCAGUGCUUUCUUCCAGUUUUACCAGUGAGUCCCACAAGGAUAGAGAACCAAGAGGCUCUUUGCAGCAGAAGAGAAAGUCUUUACAAAGUUACUCGAGUUUAGAUACGGUGGCUUCCAGUAGUUCUAUGUCCGCUUCUUCGUCUUUGAAACAAUCGUCCACUGGACUAUCCCUCAGGCAAUUGUUUACCAAGAUAGGCAUCAAUGAUGAAGUGCCACAACCUGGGGUCGGAAUCGCAGAAGGUAAAGAAAACUUACCUCCAAUUUUGGACAAAAAAACUUCACCGAUUGCACCUAUUGGUUCAGAAAACAGAAUUAGAACGCCAUUGAAGCCGCUUGUUAACCAGCCGAGAAGGUCAACUCUCCAACAUCAACAACAGCAUCAACAACAACAACAACCAUUGUACAACGCGUCGUUAGCGUCAAGAAGGUCAUCGAUUUCUUCCACUGCCUCUUCUGCCAGUUCUUCCAAAUGGAAGUUUUGGAAGAGAGAUAAGAAUAUGCUGCCCCCCACAUCGCAAGCUGAUCAUCAUUCCUUUGCAGCAAUGAACCGUCGUGGUUCCAUGACGCUUGUUGAACCAAGGAUUAAGGUCAAACAUAAGUCAUCCUUCUCAGAAUUCCAUAAGGCUAUUUUCAACUCAAAUACAUACUCUGAAAGUAGCGAUACAGUAUCAUCUAUGGAAACGACCAUGAAAAAUAAAGCCUCCUCCUCGAGUUUGUCAUUGAACGUGUUGAAGAAAAGAAGUUCACAAUCAAGCUUGAAACACAAGAGUUCACAUGCAUCCUUACAGAAAUUCAAGAGAAACAAGGGGAAGCCUUCCAUUAUGGCAUCAUCCACAGUAACCAGUAGUAGCAACGAUGACUCCUGUAGUUACAGUUCCAAGAGUUCUACGUUGAGUCACCGAAUUUCGUUACCUAUACCAGACCAAGUGUCGCGUGAUAAAAUAAAGAAUAAGUUAAGAAAUUCAAACUCUUUGCUCUCCUUAAACUCCAAAACAUCUCCGCCGAUUAAUAAAAAUGACCAAGAUGAAUCGUUUUUAAGACAGAUCUUGCAGAAUUGCGAUAUAAAGAGAAUUUUAAAUCCCGCGAAGGGGGAUAUGUUGCCUUUAAUUAAUGACGUAAAUCAUUUGUCAUCGAUCCAGUUAACAUCACAUGUUUGGCAAAUUGGUGAAUUAAUUUGCAAGAAAGUAGCCCUUGGUUCUAUUGAUGACGUUACAUCGGAUAGGAAGUCUUUAUCUUUACAAGAACUGCAAAAAUUCAAAAUAAUGAAUCGAAAAUUUAAUGGUAUACCACAAUUAUUGAAAAGCUUUGUCGUAAAAGAGGCAAAUAACACUUUGUUUCUGUAUUUCUUGUUCAAAGAUCACGGUACUCCAGUUUCGUUGAUCUCACUGAAAAAUUGGAAGCAAAUUAUGAAGAUAUUUUGGUCUUGUGUGGGAAUAAUUCACGGCUUGGAAACAAAUCUAAAAUUUGAACACCGCAAUUUAAGUUUGGAUAAUAUUUUAAUUGAUGGUAAUGGGAAUAUAACGAUUAUUGAUUUCAAAUGUAGUAGAUUACAGACUCCCGAAGAUGAUGUUUUGUGUCUACGGUUGGAUCAUCCACUUUUUUUCCCUGAUGGCAACGACAAGAACAAGAUAAAUGAAUACCAAUAUCAAUUCGAGUUUGAAGUUUAUCAAAGUAUGCGAAUCUUAUUGAACAUGGAUUCGAAAGCCUUUGAACCAAUAACAAAUUUGUAUUGGCUAUAUUACUUGUCACGAGUUUUAUUAAAAUUAGGUGAUAGAAAGCUUGGUAAGAAUGAUAUAAAUAGAGAUAAAUUGGCUAAGGUGGUGAGUCAUUUGGAAGUAAACUUGGCGGUUUAUAAGAGAGGCGGACAAUUAUCCAAUAGAUUGGAGACAGCGGACAUUAAGAAUACGGGAGAUUUACUAAGACUAUAUGAAUGA